CAUGCGCACUCCUUGCCCGCGCGGCCGCAUGGAGCUCAUCUCGGCGUCUUCUUCCUUUUGUUCACUCGUACACGUUACGUUGUGCUUUCAUUGCAGAGCACGCGUUUUUGAUUGUGCAUUCAUUGCAGUUUCAGCAGUCUCCCUUGUUCUCCUAUCCAACCCAUUACCAUCAUGGAAGUUCUUCCAGGAGAGAAAAUUGCUGAGGGAAAGACGAAGGAGAUUCUCACUGUGAAGAACCCUGAGUCUCUUCCAGCUGGUGACAGGGAGUACGUCUUGCUGCAAUCCAAGGACCGUAUCACAGCUAACAAUGCUCAGCGUGUCAAUGAUAUGGAGGGCAAGGGAGCUCUGGCCACCAGCACCACUGUGGCCAUAUUUGAAUUGCUCAACGACUGUGGGGUGAAGACCCAUUUCGUCCAGCGACACACCGAUACCUCUCUCGUGUCCGUCAAGUGCGCCAUGGUACCCAUUGAGUUCGUUACUCGCCGUGUUGCAACCGGAUCCUUCCUGAAGCGCAACCAGGGAGUGAAGGAGGGACACCGUUUUGCUCCCCCUCUCCUUGAGUACUUCUUCAAGGAUGAUGAAGCAGGUGAUCCCCAGUGGUCAUACCAGCAGAUUGUGGCUGCUGCCAUGGACUGUGGUGGUGUGGUAAUCAAGGAGCACCAUCUGGAUGAGAUGAGCCGCAUGACCGUCACCGUCUUCGAGAUUCUGGAGCGUGCCUGGGCAUCACUCGGCUGCACUCUUGUUGACAUGAAGAUUGAAUUUGGUGUCAACCCAGUAAACGGCGAGAUUCUCCUUGCUGAUGUCAUCGACAACGACUCGUGGCGCCUGUGGCCAUCCGGUGACCGUCGCCUCCAGAUGGACAAGCAAGUGUACCGUGACCUUCGUGAGGUCACCGUUGAGGCCAUGCAAGAAAUCCGCAAGAACUACGCCUGGGUUGCCGAGAAGGCCAGCCACCUGUCCAGCAAGCCGUGGGGACGUGUUGUCAUCUUCAUGGGCUCCGCAUCCGACAAGGACCAUUGUGACAAGAUUGCCAAGGUCCUGCGUGAGCUGAAAAUCCCGGUGACUUUCCACGUGUGCUCUGCUCACAAGUCCACGCCGAUGAGCCUGGGUGUCUUGCACGAGAUCGAGGCUGAGGCCGUGCCCACAGUCAUCAUUGCAGUUGCUGGACGUAGCAACGGACUCGGCCCAGUGCUGGCUGGCAACACUGUCCUGCCAGUGAUCAACUGCCCGCCCAUGUCAUCCCAGUGGGGUGAGGCCGAUGUGUGGUCAUCGCUGCGCAUGCCCUCCGGUCUCGGCUGCACAACUGCCAUCCAGCCCGACACCGCUGCUCUCAACGCCGCCACCAUCCUCUCGCUCAACGACCAUAUGCUGUGGGGACGCAUGCGCGGACGCCAGCUCAACACCUAUGUUGGACUCAUCCAUGCCAACCAGAAAAUUAACCAGUAAACAAAACAUAUUCAACUGACAAGACUUUCCUCUAGCUCCCUUUUUCCAUCAUACUCUUUCUUUCUCUCUUGACUUAUAGGGUUUUCCAAUUGGCUUGAUUUUACCGUAUUGUGUUUCGGCAGGAGUGGUUUGUUCAAGGAGAUUUUAGUCUCUCGGCAAACUGUUCUUCUUUCUGAUUAUUCUUGGGUAACAAUCGUAA